UCGCGUACCCCCGGCAACGUCUCUCUUCCACCCCACGGGAGAGAGAGCCUCGUCAUCCCUCGCGUUCUCUCGCGAGGAGCACCGAGACGCGUCGCUUCGGUCGAGUACGACGUAUGCCAGCGUCGCCGUGGUGGUCACCAUCGCCACCGUCGCGCUCGUCGUUGUCGGAUCCUCCGCGGCGCGUAUCAGGCCAGGGAGCCUGAGUCAACGACAGAUUACCGCGAAUCCGUUGAGGCGCGAGUGUCGCGUAAGGACAUUGUCGGGUGGUGGACCCGUCGUCCCGCUCCUCGCGCGACCAUGAAGGUCCCGCGGGCGCGAGGCGCGCCGACGAGAUAGUCUACGAGGAGGCUGGCUGGCUCUCGGUUCACCCUCCGGGCGCCGAGAGUAGGACGAUCUCUCUCGUUUGAGAGGGAAAAAGCGGGUAGAUCGAUAGGCCAGCUGGUGUGCGUGUUCGCGGCCCGUGCGUUUCCCGUCAGUCACACGGUCGGUGUGAUCGCGCGGGGUGCGGCCCAGGAUGGUGAAGGCACCGAGCUCGACACCCGCCGGACCUACGCCGGUGGGUGUUAGGAGGAUCCAUCCCGGUUCCGAGAUCGCCAUGAACCCAAGGAAUCUGCCCACGGCCUCGGCGAGCAUGCCGCCCGCUAUGCGGGGGGAUGCCAACGCUGUCGGCAGAACGACACCCGUUUAUCAUCCCCAGGUGGACGUCUCGACGCAGGUAGAUCUCCAUGGCUUCGGCGGUCCCGGUGGUAUCAUGGACUCGUGGGAUCGUCGCGCGACGCCGUUGUACUCGCGCGAGGACAUCAAGGAGCAGUACUGCAUCACCAGCCGGCAGCUGGACGCCGUGGAGAAGUCCGGCGGUGGUUUCUUCGGGUGCCUGUCCACGCGGGGGCCGUCGCCGUGCAGCUCCACGAGGAACUCCAUCCUGUCGGCGUGCGUGCGUAGCGUCCCCAGCGACGAGAACCUCUGCGACGCGCCCUAUCCCCGAAGGCCCCUCCAAAUUAUGUACCGGCAGCCUUAUCCGACCUACUCCCGCGGUCUCACGCGAUACGACCUUGAGGAGGAGGAGGCGGACUGGAUCGAGAGUUCCUACUUCAGACGGCGCCCGAGAUCGUUUUGCACCGUGCCCGAUCCGAAGAGAUACACUUGGGUUCCGGAAGACGAAGAAUCUACGAAGUUGGAAGGGCCGCGGCCAGUAUUACCACCAGUACCUCCUCCUCCCGCUUCUAUAACGACGAUGCAAAUAUCGCAAGCUCCAAAGACGAAACACGUGAGCUUCGCGAGAUCGCACACGCUCACAUCGUUUGAAGUCCCAAGGAACAUAAGCCCUCCGAGGCCACACAAUCCGGAACGUCUUAUAGACUCGCAGCCAACUAUGCAAAAUACGAUACUGCCUUCGUCCUUGCCCUUAACACAUCCUUAUCCAGGCGUUGAGCCACGUGUUCUCGUACUUGAGAAACCACCUAAACGCGGUGCCAUGAAGACUCAAGCGACGCAGACCGAGCUCCCGCCGAUGUUUCGCGGUCGUAUACUUCCGGUGACUCUUAGUCCCAGAACCAUCCAUCGUGUCAAGAUGGUCUCGCAGGGUGCUCAAACGAAUGGCGUUUUCAACGGCAGAAAAUUGACCAAAAGUUAUUCGGAAGCUGGAAAAAUAGGAACGCCGCUCGGUGGCCAGGGUGGUGCGCCAGCGAAGGAGGAAACUGAACACGAACCACUCCAUAGGACUCAGAGCGAGGAGCCACCGAGGUCACCCUUUCUUAUUUCAACAACACCACCACCCAUACCCACCGUCACCACUGCCGUCGUCAUUGAAGAAACUUUGCCAAACGGAGACAUCGCUCUUGUUCCUGUUGGUGUUUGUCAUCAACGUCGUAAGUCCUUCGAUAUAGACGAUCAGGAAAUUUUUAUCAAUUUCAAACCGGCACCGGUGUCGCCAGAUGCUCGGGCGCUUCUCAGCCGGAUUUCUGAACCCAAACGUCGAUUCCUCCCUCUCCAGAAGACCUUCUCCGAUGGCGAAAUUCGCGUCGAGAGGCGCGAACUUAUUGGAGAAAGUAGCGAACCGAGUUAUCCUCAUACUUGCAGAAGAAAUCAGCAGGAUUCUUGGGGCAGAACUGUCAGAACACCCGUCCAAUUUUCCUCGACACCCGAGGAUCUGUCCUUGUUACGAAGUCUCUCGCCUCACGAGGAUCAUCAUGAGGAGGAAUUUCACGAAAAUCUAAUACGACGGGGUCUCUUCCGGAAGAGAAGCGUAUCCCUCGAGGAUGGCGUACAAGGUGUACCGUCAGACGACUUUAUGCUUCCCAGGUCACUUCCAACCUCACCUACAUCGCCAACUGCAGCAACAUCACGAAGGAUAUCGCAGACCCCGAAGGACGAUUCGUUACCCCCCGGUGCCUUACUGAGCACCGCGGUCUAUCCGACUGCUUUUAGUAUCGGAACCGGUAUCAUCAGUACCAACAUCAUUGGCAAAGUGACUUCACCAUUCGCCUCGAGUGAUUCUCUAACAAAUGACGUGACCAGGGACCACAGCGACGGAAUCUGGAAUGAGUCGCAGGCGACAGUUCUUCAAGCUGAUUCACUGGCGCUACUGACGCCAUCAUCGAGGAGAAGACAUCUCCUACUUUUGCAACAUCAGCAACGUUCGUCGAUGGACACCGAGGCCCUGGACGGGGAAGACGAGGUGGAACCUUGCCCGCCGAGUCCAAGAAUACGUCUGGAACCAGCCACUCCGGUGCAACCCCUUACACCAAGACGUUCUUACAGAAUACAAGAUCUGUUACCGGUAGAGUUUCAACAAAUUUACUACAAUGAUGUAUCCACAACAGCACAUUUUUAUGCGUACGAUAUUAUUGAAUCGUCUAUUUCCGCGACUAACGGCCGACCAAGAAGCGGAUUACGCCGCAGUCCAUGUCCGCCGUUGUCUCAGCCCCAGUCGCAGUCGUCGAGCGAGUUUGGUCUGAGCCUGGCGAGGACAGACUCGGGCGGGCGCACCGAUAUUUCCGAGACCUCCGAGGACUACGUCACUGCCAAUACUUCUACGGAAACCGGGACCACUACAGGCACGUCCGCCACGACCAGUUCCUGGUCGAGGCCACCGCAGACGUCCAGCGCCGCGGCGUCGGCGGCGUCAGCGCCCGCUUCGACCACCGCGACCGCGGAAGGCAGUUCCUUCGAAAGUGCAAGCUCGAUUUACAGUCUGGCGAGGAGCGAGGCCGUUGUCGAGGAGCCGUGUAGUCCGCCGCCAAUUUUAGAAGAAGCGGCAAUUGCAUUUGGAUUAGAACUACCUCCACCGACAUUGAUGUCUAGCAGCAGCAGUAGUUCAGGUAGUUACGACCUUAAGGACGCGAUGUCGGAUCCGAAUAAUGAUUUACAGCAAGUCGCUCCACAUAGCGGUCACACCUCAGAGAAUGAGUUGGAUCGAGAUGAGGGUCAUCGCUCGUCAUCCGGAGGUUACGCCGAGUCGCCACCCGACGUUCGUAUGUGGAGCGAAGAAGAACGCCGUCGAAAGAAGAAAACCUUCAGCUUAGACUUCCUCGGAACAACGCCGACCAAUGUCGAAGUCGAGCAUCCCACGGAGCCGACGUAUCCGGAGAACGUCGAGGUCAGCCCGACACCUAGCCAUCGGCACAGGCCAGCGCGCAGCAAGCCAACGUCAACCCGGAGCCCUCAUCGAAAUAAUAGAAAACGGGACUCCGUUCAACAGUCAGCGCAAUUGCAGCAGCAACAGCCGGUGCUUAGAAGUCCUCAGAAGGAAGAAUGGAGGAUGGAGCAAACCGAGGACGGUCUACACGCACCUACGUCCGACGAUUCGAGCUGCAGUCAUCACUAUCACAUGCAUCAUUAUCACUACCACCACCUGCCUCGGGAGGGUGUGGACAGCGGGAGGCAUCGUCGUACCAGGGAGAGUCCGAGGAGAAAGACCACCGGUUAUAUUUCUACCAGAAGACGCAGCACGACCGAGGAUAAGAACGCGGCGAUAACGGGUAGUCUACCGCGAAGGAAGUCCCGCGUCGCGGACGACAUAGUUUGCGCCAGUCGCCUGAGUCCUGGCCGUUAUCAGCGUAGUCCAGGGCAUAACGGCCAGCGAGCGCUCGUCAUAGAAACGCAGAGUCCCGACGCAAGAAUAAAGGCAAUGUCGGCGGAAUCGUUGAGGUCCGUCAGUCCGGGCAGCGACAGUGUCUUUUACAGCGAGAGCGCCGAUCAGCCCUGCACCUCCACCACCGCUCUGGACGCCGCGCACUGUUACCAUUGUGGCAGAGAGGUGUCGGAAGAGAUCGUUCGACCACCGGCAGGUUUUGCGGACUCCCCGGAAGGACACCGAACAACUUCCAAGUACGUUACAGGACAUCGGUUGUACAAGAAAUUCGACAAGAGGUACAGAUCAGAAGAUCGAGGGGACCGUAGACAUCGUCGCACCAGUGUCAGUAGGUCAGACAUUCGAGCCAAAUCGGAGGAGAGAGCCACCCCCCGACCAGAAAGCAGAGGUUCGAUCGACGACAUGGACAGAAGAAGGCUGCAAGCUCGAAGUACUGAUGCCAGCAUGGAGAUUCUUACAGGAAGAGAAGAUGAGGAUUCUUAUGUGGAACCGUACUUAAGUAGCGAGUGGAUUUAUAUCGGGGAUGUCGAGGAGAGUCACGUAUGGAAAAGACCCGAUAGCAGAGAUGGUGACGACGAAGACAGUAUCCAUAAAGAACGACGGGACUCUCAAGAGUCUACGGAGAGCGAAGAGAAAUUUAAGCUGAAGUAUGGAAUUAUCAUGCGUAGGAUAGUACAUCGAAAAAGUAGCGGUGAGAUGUACAAGAGGAUACAAACGAACCGUUUCGAGAGUGACAAGAGGGUAAUUGUGAAACGCGAAGCUGGCGGCGAAUUCGGAUUCCGCAUUCAUAGUUCAAAGCCCGUGGUGGUCUCCGCGAUUGAGCCAGACACACCCGCGGAGAAUUCCGGUCUCGAGAUUGGCGACAUCAUCAUAUCGGUGAACGGUAGAAGCGUGAUAGACGCCACGCACUCGGAGGUCGUAAAACUGGCGCACUCCGGCCCGGAUGUUCUGGAAUUAGAAGUUGCAAGAACCUGCAACGUAUUGGCGCCGCGGGUGUCACGCACCGGGGCGAAGGAGAGCACGGGAGAGGCACCACGUUGCUCAGGGUAUCUGUGGAGAAAAUCCACGUCGUCAGGCACGGAAAAGUGGGUUCGACGAUGGUUUGCUCUUCGUCGUGACAAUUGCCUGUACUGCUAUAAGACUGACUCGGAUUCGCAACCGGUGGGAGCGGUAAUGCUCCUCAAGUAUGAUGUGGAGCAGACGCCUGAAUUAAGAGUGCACAGUUUUGCGAUAAAGAAAAAGGGUGCUCCGACUCUAAGGCUGGCGGCCGAUACCGAAGAGGCGGCAGCUCGAUGGAUCACCAUCAUACGCGAGGCUGUCGAGAGGAAUAAUCAGGUUGACACUUGGCUGGACUCUUCGCUAAGAAUGAGGGACAUGGCCGCAUGGGCCAUUCAGAGGCCAGAUUGUUUCGGAUAUUUGCACAAACAACAGGAACACUCGCGGAAAACGUCCUCGCCCACCGGCUGGUCCAAGCGGUAUUGCGUGCUGAAGGACGCUGCGUUAUAUUUCUACGAUGACGCCAACGCCGAGAAAGCAUUCGGCGUGGCGUGUCUGCACGGCUACAAGGUACUCAACAGCGCUUCGACUUCCGGCGGCAGGAAGCACGCUUUUGAGUUGCAACCACCGGAUCCUACGCAAAGAAGCUACGUCUUCGCUAGCGAAACAGAAAUGGAUAAGAAACGGUGGGUGGUCGCCCUCGAAUACUCGAUCGAUCGAUGGAUAAAAAUAGGUUGAUGCGAAACAAUCCGCCCUAAGACGAAUCCAACGAGACGCAAGUAGCGAAGAUCGUCCAAGGAAAUCCUCGUCCGUAUCCGUUUCCGGUUCCUAACACGUUGUGGAUUAUCCGCGACGAUCGCCGUUGUUACCUCGACGAUCACCACACGCUUGUGGAUGUUUGCCAAGAUUCUUUCAUUUCAACAACAUUUAUUAAAAUCUCUCACCGUCAUGGUCAUCCACUGUAACUGCUGAUUAACAGUGACGUAACGUUAAAUUGUUCAAAUAAAAGUUAACGAUAAAAGAAACAGAGUAACUUGUGUUCCGUUUAGUGCGAUCGCCGCUGCUCGCCGUGCCGAAUCGCAAUUGUUUAUCAGCAGUAAUACAAUUCCAUUGAGAUUACUUAAACGGAAACCUAAGAUCGAUAUAGUUUUAACGAGUUCAAUGUUACGGGGGGGGGGGUAGAGAGAUUACACGUCGAUCGAACUUUUAUGCCAAGUUAUUAACAUGUUUCUUUGAAUAAAGAUUUUUUCAGCAUAAAGAGAUUUUCAGGUUUCCGUGCCAACGAAAUCGGAACCCACCAAAGUUAUACCGGUUCCAAUUUCAGGAAUGAAUUUUAUAGGUGUCAUCGCGCGCAUCGAGCUCUUCCAUUUCAAUCCUGUCCAUUGCACAUCCCAUCUCGGUUAGCACAAUAUUUUUAAUUUUGAAUCUGUGCAUCAUGACGUUGAUCAAAACGUGUGGGUAGUAAAAUAAUGAACGUUAUAAAAUCGAAGUCUUUAAAAGGAUGUUAAAUAUUAUAAUAUGAUCGAUACACGACGUACACAUAGACAUAUAUGAGAGAAAACGAAGGGGUCCUCCGAGGUUGUUUGUCGCUGAAAUUCUAUACGCACAUGGAGAUAACUUUACGAAGGAGAGUAGCUUUAAGAAACGGGCGACAGAGAGUUCAUCGGAUCAUUUAAUUCUAACGGCGAAACGGAAGAUGCGUUUCGCCAUGCAGCCGUAAGACGCGUACGUGCAUGCGUAGCGGUAGUUACGCAUAUGCGGCAACAUGUGCAUGUGGAAUUGCCAUUAAAUAUAUACAAAUAUAUAUAUAUAUAUAUAUAUAUAUAUAUAUAUAUAUAUACAUACAUAUAUAUAUCGCUAUUCUUACCAACGCCAGUAUUUAUAACAAGCGAAAACCAAACGAGGCUUUAUCCGCCGUGAGAACGAGAGGAAUGCAAGGAUCGCGUGUGUGCGGGCGUGUCCUCCGGAUUGUGCGAACACGCGCAAUUAUCUGUGCGACAGAGACAGAAAACCGUGGUGAGUAUUGCGCGUAUCUGUCAAAAAUCGCUAGCGUGUAUUCUCGCGUGUAUAACAGGAAGAAGGUGCGAGAGGAGACCGGCGUAUUAUACAUUUUAACGAGAAGCUAACCCUACGCCGGCACAUCAGCUUCAGACCGAUCCUGUCCGCUCCUACCGGUGCAUACAGGGUGUCCCUGAAUUAUCGGUACACAUUUUAGCACAGAAAAAACGCAGAUCGAAUUACGAGGCCGAUUGCCUCGGUAAAACGACAUUUUGCAAUGACGUGCAAAUAUUAAGGGAACUUUGUUUAUUGUAAAUGUGCUUUUAAAGCAUUUUGAACAAAAACUGGAACCAAAAGCUUUAACUUUAUUUCACGUUGAAAAUUUGGAGCAUCUAGCUAAUGGGCUCGCAAUCUUUUUCGAAAGGAAGAUUGACUGCAAAUGAUUUAAAUGUGCCGACAACGAGAGAGAGAGAGAGAGAGAGAGACAGAGAGAGAGAGAGAGAGAGAGAGAGAGAGAGAGAGAGAGAGAGAGAGAGAAAGAGAGAGACACUAAAUAUAGAAAAUUAUAAAAUUUUGAAAAAAAAAAAUUUAUUUUUGAAUCUUCUUCGGACUAUUAUAGUGCGAAAAAUUAUACAAACUUGUUUUCUUUUUUAAACGUGUUUUUAUUAGCGCGUGUUGUAUUUUAUUCAUAUGUUGAUAGAGAAAAAUAUUGAUGAUGAGUUAACGUAAAAUGGCAAUGCGGGAUGACGGUGCGGGAUUCUCAAUGUGUCAAUCCCGCGCGUGCGAGAACGGAACGGAAGAUGUGUAGGUUUAAGCGGGCGGAACAAAGCGCGAGUGGCUACAUCGUCGCGACGGCGGCGGCGGCGUGGCGCUGGAUUUAAUAGCUUAGUCUUCGAUGAACGCGACCGCCGCAAACGCGAAGAGGCAGCGAUGAGAGAGAAAAACAGGAAGAGGAUGCAGGCGCGAAGAACAAGGCACACCGAGACGAUCCCGUCGUUAUGAAGUAACAUUGUUUCACGGUCGGCGGCGUCGACUAGAGAGGUGUAUUAGAGAACAACGCGUUUCAAAACGAAAGCUUGUGUAAAUCGAAAAGCGCCUGGUCAACCGCUCAAAAUUUCAGAUAAUAAAAUAGAAAAUUUAAUACAA